UUAGGUGCAUAAGGCUGAUUUGCUUUCACCGAGAAUGUUGUUAUAAUUACCUGCAAACCAGUACUGGAAAUGUUGGGUAUUAAGCCAGGAUUUAAUUGGUCUAUUGAUGAUAUAUACUGAUGUUGAUGUAUUUCCUAGCACAAAUAGGGGCAAAUGAAUUAUAUGCCAAAUUUAUCCGUGCUUGGUGUAGAAUAAAUGUUUACCAGGAAUUGGACUUGAAAACCACUGUAAGAGUUGUUACAGCUCCACCUGAAGAUUAAGUUUGUAACUUAUAGAACUCAUGACGACAGUGAACAUGGUGGACUUAAAAAGUUACGUCAUAUUAGUGGUACAGACAAAGGACAACAAAGUAAAAGUUUAUGGUUCCACAACAGGUGAAUCAGCUUUAAAAUGUGAAGAUGAAAUAUUUGAGAUCAAUGGAAAGAGGGUCAGCUUUGACACACAUGGUGAAGCAAUACGUCUCAUACAGCAGAGUAUCAAGAGUAAAAACAUCACAUUGAGGAUAAGAAAAAGAAUAGGACUUGUAACAGACCCAGAUCUGACAGGCAUUCAAGAUGCAUUUGUUAUGGCAUUUUCGGAAGAACAGCGGCAGCGAAUAGAGAAAUAUGGUGGAUUUGCUAGAGUGAAGGAUGAGGAUAUGAAAAAGGAGAAGUAUGAUGGUCAGCGUUAUCAGAUAUCUGCACCAGAAGAAGUAGACAUUAUAGAAACAGAACCUAGUCCCGUGACAAGUAAAGGAGGGCAAAGCAAUUCAGCAUUUUUGAAUAGUGAAGAUAUUAUGGAAGGGAGUGCAAUAAAUGGACACCACAUUAUGAAUGGACACAUAGGCCCUGAUGUACAAGUAAAAGUGAAACACAAAGGAAUGGAAAAUCCAGAUAUUGAUAUGAUUGAGGGAAGAAUGACCCCUACCAAAGUGGCUCGCCGUGAUUCGCCACAGGAUUAUGCAAAAUAUGGACACCAGCAAAAUGGCAGUGCAAACAAUCUCCAUCAAGAAAAUGGAGAGGAGAAUGGGAUAGAUGGUCCCCAUCGGGAAAUGGCCAUUGACUGCCCACCUAGUUUUGUUGCUGAGAGCAAAGAGCCCCCCAGGUACCCCCCAGUCAAUGGAGGUACAAGGCAGCUGGGGUCAGGGCGAGGGAGGAAUGAACACAAACCAAAAUCAUGGAUACCUAUGCAUCAACAGCAGCAAUAUCAAAUGACUAAGGAAGAGGAGCUAGAAAGACUCCGUUAUCAUCAGGAAGAAUUGAGGAAACGUCGCGAAGAAGAAAACAGAAUUCAGAGAGAACAGGAAUUUUUGCGUACUUCACUUCGAGGCUCUAAAAAACUCCAGGCAUUGGAGGAUAAAAGGCCUGCAUCCCCUCCAACGGGGUUUGUGAACACAGCCUUCGAGGAAGAUGAUGAGGAAGAAGCCACUGGAGCUGUGGCUGCUGGUGGAGAAGCAAUACCUAUGAAACCAGUCAAACCACCCAGACAUUUUGACCAAGUGGACCAGAAGCCUCCACCAGCAGCAAAACCACUUGGUGUAGAGGAACUUUUCCAGUCCUUGAACCACAUACAGAGUAAGCUACAGGCGGCAGAGAACCAGACCGACAUCACAUUUUUGCGCAGUCUUUUUCUCAACAGCCAGUUUCAAGAGGCCGUCAGAGUGCAUCAGAAAGUUGUCGAGGUGGCGUCCUCUCCACGCGCCCCCCUCACCCCUGCCUGUAAAAAUGCUCACGAAAUAUCGCACGACGUGGCGGAUUCACUACAAGGUGUGCAGCACCCAGAGGCCUUAGAAUUGCUACAAAUUCUGAGCAGAUAUGAAGUUCAGGGUCUUCUGACAGCCCAUGACGGAAUUGCUCAAAGUGAGGUGUCCCCAGCAGAGCCUGUGCCAGAAGAAGAGAUGUCCUACUGGGACCAGAUAUCCCCCCAGCCUGAGGAAGGCGAAGAAACAUUAAGGGUUGUCAGACUCAUUAAAAAUGCAGAUCCUAUUGGUGCUACUAUUCGCAAUGAGGAUGAGUCUAUUGUCAUUGGGCGGAUUGUCAAAGGCGGUGCUGCUGAAAAGAGUGGUUUACUCCACGAAGGAGAUGAGAUCUUGGAGGUGAACCAUAUAAACAUGAGAGGGAAGAAUGUCAAUGAUGUGAGUGACAUGCUGGCUAAUAUGACAGGCACUCUCACUUUUCUCAUCUACCCCAAACUGCAGUUCCAGUUACCUCCCAAGGAACAUCACAUGGUGCAUGUCAAAGCCCACUUUGAUUAUGACCCUGAAGAGGACCUGUACAUUCCAUGUCGCGAGCUCGGGAUUUCCUUCGUAAAGGGGGACAUCUUGCAUGUGAUCAACCAAGAGGACCCCAACUGGUGGCAGGCAUACCGAGAUGAGGAAGAAGAUCAAACACUGGCUGGGUUAAUUCCCAGUAAAUCUUUCCAAGAACAAAGAGAAGUAUUAAAGCAAACAAUAGUUGGAGACAAAAAUGAAGACAAAAAGAAAAGCAGUAAUUGUUCCUGUGUGAAAAAGAAGAAAAGCAAGAAAACACUAUUUAACCCAAGCAAUAUAGAUUCUGAGGAAAUUCCUACUUAUGAAGAAGUGGCAUUGUACUACCCACAGCCUAACAGGAAGAGGCCAGUCGUGUUGAUAGGACCACCCAACACAGGACGCCAUGAACUCAGACGGAGACUUAUGGAGAGUGACGUAGAUCGAUUUGCUGCUGCAGUACCUCAUACCAGUCGUCCAAGGCGUGACAGUGAGGUGAAUGGGAAAGACUACCACUUUGUGCCGAGGCAUGUGUUUGAGGCAGACAUCAUGGGGAGUAGGUUCGUGGAGCAUGGGGAGUAUGAGAACAACCUGUACGGCACCAGUAUAGAAGCAAUAAGGAAUGUUGUCAGUGAAGGAAAGAUCUGUGUUCUUAAUCUCCAACCACAGUCUUUACGGAUUUUGAAGAAUUCUGAUCUGAAGCCAUAUGUUGUAUUCAUAUCGCCCCCAUAUCUGGAACUUUUACGUCAGAAUCUUGCCAAAAAUGGCCAUCAUGCAACAGAAGAUGAAUUGAAGGAGAUUAUAGAAAGAGGACGUGAGAUGGAGAAUGAUUAUGGUCAUUACUUUGACUAUGUUAUUGUUAAUAUGGACAUGGACAAAGCAUAUGAUGAAAUGUUACAAGAGAUCAAUCGAUUGGAAGAAGAACCACAGUGGGUGCCAGCCAUGUGGCUCAAUUCAUAAUACAGGCAGGGCAGCUUAGAUUUCUAGACUGGCAUUCAAUGGAGAAACAGGAAUACAAUUUUUAGGGUUCUUACGGAGAAGACUCCAUAUUUUAGCCAAUAGCUUAAUAUUUUAAGCUGUCAUACCUUGCACCUCCGAUUUGAAUUUAUAUGGAACUUUUAAAGCCUUAGUAAAAAAGAGAGUAUAUUUUAUGUAAAGUAACAAAUUAGAGUGCAACAAGAAAACUCUUGGUUGCUGUACCAUUUAUGUUGUAUAUGACUUUGAAAGCAGAAAGGUGAUCAGUCCUUCUGAAGAUGGUUCCAUCUUGGUUUGCCAAAGGAAUUGGUUUAUAUUUUUAUCACAGUUGUGCACUGUAUUCCAGCACCUGUUAUUUAGAGUGAACCUGUGUGAAGUAAGACUGUAAUGAUCCAGUUGACAAAGAGUGACACACACACACUGGGAACCAAGCAUGUUCAGGCUUGAGAUGGUGAAGCAGCAUCAGGACCACGUAUCUUUCUUGUUCCCUUUUAAUGCAAAUUUUAAUAAGCCCAUUUAUUUAUAUGAUAACAGAUUCAGUAGUAGUGCAAGAUUUGAAAUGAAACACCAACUUUUCACUAACUCAGGCUCCAGGAACAUAUCUAGUCAGCCGCAUCAUCUUUGUGUUGCACACCAUGUAAAAGUAUUUCCAAUUACGGGAUGAAAUAUCUGAAGAUUUUAUGUGCAAUUUCUCCGACAAAUGAAAGAUAUUUGAAAGGUGUUGUUACAUAUUUGGAAUUUGCCUGCAUUCUGUCAGCAAAUCAUGCACUAACUGAACAUGCACAAACUAAAUCACCACAAGUGCUUUGUACUCAA